AUGGCUAAUCCAAGCAAGCUGAAUCCCCACGACCGGCACGAUGAGUACGCAUCGGAGAGCUAUUUGCGCCGAAUCAAGGCCGAAAUCCGAAAGACAAAUAAACCAAUUAUGGAAAAGAAACGUCGCGCUCGUAUCAACAAUUAUUUGAACGAUCUCAAGGGACUGCUGCUGGAUGCGAUGAAAAAGGACCCGGUACGUCAUUCCAAGCUGGAGAAGGCAGACAUACUCGACCUGACGGUGAAACAUCUGCAGGACAUUGAGCGACGCCGACUAAACGUGGCAAUGGCCGUCGAUCCGACGGUACCGGAAAAGUUCGCCACAGGGUAUCGGGAGUGCAUUGACGAGAUUGGGAAGUACUUCGAUACGCUCGGUUCGGUGGACGAAGGAUUGAAGGCGCGCGUACGAAAGCACCUUGAAAGCUGUCUCACCUUUCAGCCGGGCAAACCGUUCCCGGUUGGUGGACAUCACCCGUUCGGGUUUGCUGGCCUUCCUCUACAGUCGCCCGACGACAUCAACAACAACACCAGCAGCACCGGCAAUGGGUUGCUAAAUCGCACCUUUGCCAACAACCUGUCGCUAAUGUUCCCUGCGGGUAUUCCGUUUCCCACCGGCGAUACGUCGACGAUGCCAUUCCAUCCGUUUCCUUUCUUUGGUCCGUUGCGUGGUGCGACACUUGCGAACCCAUCCUAUCCGAGCAAAGAACCGACGGCUGUACGACCAGCUGGGAUGGAUUCGCGUGAGGGCAGAUCUCCGAGCGCUCUUACCGUACCGAGUCCACCGGCCAGCCCAACGAAUGGCGAUGGGACUGGCGAUUGUUCGACCCUUAAAACUCCGAUGGGAAAAACUGGCACACUAAGCGAUCACAAGAUGGACCGACUGUUGGCCAUCUUUCCAACUCCACCCUCGCCGGAAGAACAGCCGAGUCGAAGUCGGUUGGGAAAGUUGGGACAUCACUUUAACAGCUCGCCCUUCGUGCCUACGAACGCUCGCCCCAGAACGAAUGUCACGGAGGAUAACCUGCAGGACAUUAGCAUGGAGAAGGAAGAAAAUCAAGCGGAAGGCGGAAGCAGUCAAGGCCAAGAACGAAAGGAAAGUGUCGAUGAUGGAAAGGAUAAUCCGAACGGUGAAAUGUGGCGACCUUGGUAA